UAAGUUCUUCCACUUCCGCCGCAGCUCCUGCGCUUGAAACACGAGUUCUUUUCUGUCGUACGGGAAACCCCAGUUCCCGUUAACAGACCGAUUUUAAGUGGCAGCACCUAGUCGGCAAAAAUGAAACCCAUCCUGCUCCAGGGCCAUGAGAGGUCAAUCACGCAGAUUAAGUACAACAGGGAAGGAGAUCUGCUCUUCUCCGUAGCGAAAGACACGGUAACCAACGUGUGGUACUCCGUCAAUGGCGAGAGACUUGGUACAUACAAUGGACAUACAGGAGCUGUGUGGUGUGUUGACUGUGACUGGGACACUAAAAAUGUAUUGACCGGUUCAGCAGACAACAGCUGUCGACUGUGGGAUUGUGAGACUGGUAAACAGCUGGCCCUGCUGAACACCAACUCUGCUGUUAGAACGUGUGGCUUUGACUUCAGCGGCAACAUCAUCAUGUUCUCCACAGACAAGCAGAUGGGUUACCAGUGUUUCCUGAAUUUCUUUGACCUGAGGGAUCCACAGCAGAUAGAAGACAACCAGCCCUACCAAUCGAUACCCUGCAGUGAUUACAAGAUUACCAGCGCUGUGUGGGGACCUCUCGGAGAGUUUGUCAUUGCUGGCCACGAGAAUGGGGAGAUCAAUCAGUUCAGCGCCAAGUCUGGAGAAAUCCUGAAGAAGGGCAAAGAGCAUACCAAGCAGAUCAAUGACAUCCAGACAUCAGUGGAUCUCACUAUGUUCAUCAGUGCCUCAAAGGACAACACUGCCAAGCUCUUCGACUGCUCUUCUUUGGAUCACAUAAAGACCUUCAGAACAGAGAGACCAGUCAACUCUGCUGCCAUCUCCCCCAUUAUGGAUCACGUGGUGAUGGGAGGUGGACAGGAAGCCAUGGAGGUCACAACUACCUCUACCAGGAUCGGCAAGUUUGAGGCCAGAUUCUUCCAUGCAGCAUAUGAAGAGGAGUUUGGCAGGGUCAAAGGUCAUUUUGGCCCAAUCAACUGUGUGGCAUUCCAUCCUGAUGGCAAAAGUUACAGCAGUGGAGGAGAAGAUGGAUAUGUAAGGAUUCAUUACUUUGACCCCCAGUAUUUUGACUUUGAGCUUGAAGCAUAAAGUCCUUGAUUCUACAGCUUCAAAUAAAAUGCCAGAGAGGAGGCGAAACAGAUUUACGACCUAA